AACCCCACCCCGCCCCAAAUCCUUCCGGAAGCUCUAACUCAACUUCCUUCUCAUCCAUCAACACCAACCACCACCACCACCCCCGCCUCCGCACAUCUAUCCUUCCUAGACCCCGCCACCAUCCCACCAUAUCGCCAUGUUCGCCAAGCGAUUGCAGAAGGAGUUAGCAAAGAUACAUCAGCAUGGUCUUGCGCCGGGAAUCACACUUGUGAAGGCCGACGACCUGCAGCGUUGGCAGAUGGACAUCAGGGUGCUCGACGAUAAUCCUCUGUACAGUGGCAAGACGUUUCGGCUCAACUUUCGGUUCUCCCAGAAUUACCCGAUAGAAGCGCCAGAGGUGAUGUUCGUCCAGGCUCCCGACCGCGAGAUCCCAAUGCACCCGCAUAUCUACUCCAACGGCGUGAUCUGUCUCGAUCUCCUGUCGUCGGGCAACGGAUGGUCGCCUGUUCAGAGCGUGGAGUCGGUUUGCAUGUCGAUACAGAGCAUGUUGACCGGAAACACCAAGAACGAGCGACCGGAGGGUGACGAUCAGUUUGUCCUGAGAGCGGGCAGAUCUGUGAGAGAUAUCCAGUUCGUUUACGAUGACCACACCGUUUGAAUUAUAUGAGAGGGGGAUCGUUUGAUAUGACUGGAGGGG